AUGCCGAACGAUAAUGUGUCAAAUAGUAAUGACAAGACAACUAUUGUUCGAACUGAGGCAGAUUUAGUAUCUAGUGUAAUACGUCAGCAUCGUCCCAAUAGCACAUCAUCGAUUGAAACACCGAUCUUAAAACAUACGUCUGGAAAGAAACCGCGAUUGCUUAAAGUAGACUCGAAUAAAAUUGAAACAACCUCCCUCUCACUCUUUAGAGCCGGGAAAAAGAGAAAAAGUUUACCACCUGAGGAUAGCGACAAAAAGUUUAAAAAAGGAAAGUAUGGAAAACCACCAAUUUUUGGAUCGAAGUAUGCACUCGAUGUCAAGGGAGACGAAUAUAUGAUCGGACCUGUUCCAUCAGACUUACCAUCUGGAACUGUGAACGAGGAUACCAAAAUAUGUAAACGGACUAGAACACUGGAAAAGAAUAGUACAAUUCAAACUCCAGUACGAUGUCCGGGUGUAAUAAAAUUUGGAAAAUUUGAAGUGGAGACAUGUUAUUCAUGUCCAUUCCCACAAGAGGAAGAUGCUGCGAGAUUAAUAUUUUGUGAAUUUUGUUUGAAAUACACUAAAUGUCAAUCGAUUUUGGACAGACAUAUGCGACACUGCAAUUGGAGAACACCACCGGGCACAGACAUUUACAAAAGUGGAGAUUUAAGCGUUUUUGAAGUUGAUGGAAAAAUAGACAAAACGUAUUGCCAAACGCUAUGUCGAUUGGGGAAAUUGUUUCUGGACCUAAAAACCCUGGACUAUGGCGUUGAACCGUUUUUAUUUUAUACAUUGUGA